AUGGACUCCUAUGCAAAAUCCUUCAAAGUAGUGCUUCUAGGGGAGGGUGCUGUUGGUAAAACAUCAUUAAUGCUUCGUUAUACUGAAAAUAAAUUUAUUAACGAGCAUAUUUCAACUAUACAAGCAGCUUUUGCUAGCAAACACCUAAUUGUGGAUAAUGAAAGGGUUGAAUUGGCUAUAUGGGACACGGCUGGGCAGGAAAGGUUUCAUGCUCUUGGGCCUAUUUAUUAUAGAGAUAGCCAUGGUGCCCUUCUAGUUUAUGACAUUACUGACAGACGCUCUUUUGAAAGAGUCAAAAAAUGGGUAGAGGAAUUGUUGCAAAUGUUGGGGGAUACAGUUGUGUUGUUUGUUGUUGGAAAUAAAAUUGAUUUGGAAUCGUCUAGAGUUGUUUCUGUUGAGGAGGCGACAAAUUAUGCUUCAUCAAUUAACACACAAUUUCUUGAAUGUUCAGCAAAAACUAAUGAGGGGGUAGAUGAAGUUUUUGAUGCAAUAGCGACAGCCAUCUUAAAAAAAGCACGGGAACAGUCUGUUAUGUUUGAUGAACAAGAAGGGACCGGGAACAUUUUGAGGCGUCAUAGUGGUUCUAGGCGAAGUAUAAGAAUAGUGGAAGAAACGGAAGAAGUAAGGGAAAGAAGGAGGAAGUGUUGCUAAGUAAAUAAAUUUGUAAAUUAAAAUUAGAAGAUUCGAUAGGUUUGGAAUGAUUGCUGGCUUACUAAGUGAU